CACCUGAACUAAAUUAUGUCUAACACCUGUCUCUAAUUUCAGUGAGCACGGGGAGAGCGGCAUAAAUAGAGCCACACUGCAAGUAGAAAAGAGAGAGAGCCUGGGCACCACAGACCCGAACAAGAAGCAAGAGUUUUGUUAUUACAAAUGAUGAGAGUUUUAUUUUGGUGAAGCGGUGUGUGAUUAUAGAUCAACUUAGUGGAUAAUGCAAAGACGCUGAGACUGCAAUUGUGCUGCAAAGAGAAAAUAAAUCCUUACCUGAACCAGGAAAGCUGCUUCUCGCCUCCACUUUACACUGGUGCCGAAACCCGGGAAUUGAAAUUUGGGUUGAAGAUGGAUGGAAGUCAUCCCGUAGAGUCCUCCCAGUUGGCGGAGAUCCUCCAAGCCCUCGCUGGCCUACAUCAGAGCCACCAGCAGACAUUGCUUGAGCUCCGACAAGACCAAGAUCGCCGGUUUGUCGAGCUCCUGCACGCUCAAGCCAAGGACCAGCAGGCAAUCCGGAGCCUCCUCAGCCAGGAGGCGUCCUCAGCCGCAACCCCGGACGCUCCCACGCCGUUACCCCUGCCCGCAUUACAGAAAAUGGGGGCGGCAGACGACCCCGAGGCCUUCCUGGAUUUGUUUAAGCGGACUGCCGAUAUCUGGGGCUGGCCGCUCGGCCAAUGGUCGGCCCGACUGAUCCCACUGUUGUCCGGGGAAGUCCAGCUCGCGGCUCAACAACUGCCAGCGACGAGCCUCCUGGCCUACGGAGAUUUAAAGAGAGCCAUCUUGCAACGGGUUGGUCACACUCCGGAGGAAAGUCAUCAACUCUUCCGGAGCUUGAAGUUGGAGAGCUCUGACCGCCCGUUUGCCUUCGCCCAGCGGCUCCGUGACGCCUGCCGAAGAUGGCUGCUAGCGGGGGACCGCGACGUCGAUGGAGUUAUCGACCAGGUGGUACUGGAGCAAUUCACACAUCGACUGCCAAAAGGGACGGCGGAGUGGGUCCAGUGCCACCGCCAGGCGUCACUGGAGGAAGCUGUCCGGCUUGCGGAGGACCACAUGGCGGCGAUCCCGAGGGCGGAAGAGCCCUCCUACAUUUUUUCUCCUCCCUCUGUCUCUUCCUCCUCCCCUCUCUCCUCUCGUUCUGCUCUCUCUCCAGGUCCCGUUCCUGCCUCACGCAGACGAGGAGGACUUCAGCCCCUGAGACCAGUUCCCCGGGUGUAGGAGGCGACACCUACCCCUAUCCCAAUGCCCCGCCGCUCUCCCCCUCAGGGGGGGGGGCGCCUGCCGACGCAAGUGUGGGCGUAGCGCCUGGGCCGGCCUGCUGGAGGUGCGGAGACCCGGGCCACUUCCGAGAUCAGUGCCCUCUGAUGGAGCUGGGGAUGGUAGCGUACCGGAUACCGACAGAUGCUUCAGACAGGGGGCUGGGGGCCGUACUCUCACAGGUGGUGGAGGGGGAGGAGCGCCCAGUGUUGUACAUUAGUCGUAAGCUCUCCUUGAGGGAAACUAAGUACAGCACCGUAGAAAAGGAGUGUCUCGCCAUCAAGUG